GGAGCGGGCGGCGGCGAGAGCUCCCCAGGCGCGGAGAUCGAGCGACUCAGGCAGGGUCUGACUGGAGCGCGGCGGGCGGCAAGUUGGCGGCGGCAUGUUCAGCUGGAUGGGACGGCAGGCGGGCGGGCGCGAGCGCUCGGGCGGCAUGGACGCGGUGCAGACGGUGACGGGCGGCCUGCGCUCGCUCUACCAGCGCAAGGUGCUGCCGCUGGAGGAGGCGUACCGCUUCCAUGAGUUCCACUCGCCGGCGCUGGAGGACGCCGACUUCGAAAACAAGCCCAUGAUCCUGCUGGUGGGCCAGUACAGCACGGGCAAGACCACCUUCAUCAGAUACUUACUGGAGCAAGAUUUCCCCGGCAUGAGAAUUGGCCCGGAGCCGACCACAGAUUCCUUCAUUGCUGUGAUGUAUGGGGAGACCGAGGGAAGCACUCCUGGGAAUGCUUUAGUUGUGGAUCCCAAAAAGCCAUUCCGAAAGCUUAGUCGCUUUGGAAAUGCUUUCCUGAACAGAUUCAUGUGCUCGCAGCUGCCCAACCAGGUUCUGAAGAGCAUCAGCAUCAUCGACAGCCCCGGCAUCCUAUCUGGAGAGAAGCAGCGCAUUAGCCGAGGGUAUGACUUCUGCCAGGUCCUACAGUGGUUUGCUGAGCGGGUUGACAGGAUCAUCCUGCUCUUUGACGCUCACAAAUUGGACAUCUCCGAUGAGUUCUCAGAGGCGAUCAAGGCCUUCCGGGGCCAGGACGACAAAAUCCGUGUGGUCCUCAACAAGGCUGACCAAGUAGACACACAGCAGCUGAUGCGCGUCUACGGAGCCCUCAUGUGGUCUCUGGGCAAAGUCAUCAACACGCCUGAGGUGCUUCGAGUCUACAUUGGCUCAUUUUGGGCACAGCCUCUUCAGAACACAGACAACCGCCGGCUCUUUGAGGCUGAGGCACAGGACCUCUUCAGAGACAUCCAGAGCCUGCCCCAGAAGGCUGCAGUGCGCAAGCUCAAUGACCUCAUCAAGCGAGCAAGACUGGCUAAAGUACAUGCCUACAUCAUCAGCUACCUGAAGAAGGAAAUGCCAAAUGUAUUUGGAAAAGAAAAUAAGAAGCGAGAACUUAUCUUCAGGCUUCCAGAAAUCUAUGUUCAGCUGCAGCGAGAAUACCAGAUUUCUGCGGGGGACUUCCCUGAAGUCAAGGCCAUGCAGGAACAGCUUGAGAACUAUGACUUCACCAAGUUCCACUCCCUGAAACCCAAGCUGAUCGAGGCCGUGGACAACAUGCUGAGCAACAAGAUCUCGUCCCUGAUGAGCCUUAUCAGCCAGGAAGAGAUGAGCAUGCCCACACAGAUGGUGCAGGGCGGUGCCUUUGACGGCACCACAGAGGGGCCCUUCAACCAGGGCUACGGGGAGGGGGCCAAGGAGGGUGCUGAUGAGGAAGAGUGGGUCGUGGCUAAAGACAAGCCCGUGUAUGAUGAACUCUUUUAUACACUAUCACCGAUCAAUGGCAAGAUCUCAGGCGUCAAUGCCAAGAAGGAAAUGGUGACCUCCAAGUUGCCCAACAGUGUCCUGGGCAAGAUCUGGAAGCUGGCCGACUGUGAUUGUGACGGCAUGCUGGACGAGGAGGAGUUCGCACUAGCCAAGCACCUCAUCAAGAUCAAGUUGGAUGGCUACGAGCUACCCAACAGCCUGCCCCCGCACCUCGUGCCCCCCUCUCACAGGAAGUCCCUGCCGAAGGCUGACUGAGGGUGCACAGCUGGGGUGGAAGAGGAGGGGGUGCCUGGGCCUGAAGCCUGCUGUGCCACUGGCUUGCACGCCUCAGUUCCUCUAUGUAGGGUGGGGAAGGGCAGACACUGACACUAGAUGAGGCCCUUUCCCCUCUAGGAUCCCUAAGUUUCUAUCAAAAUAUUGAGAAGAGCUCUAUAUAUGGAGAUUAGAAGUCUAAGAAGAAAAGUAAAUUAUCCAAAGAAAAAUAUAGGCAUGGACACAGGCUGGUGAACUCUGGGGAAGUCAGGGAGUAAGCUGGGGACUGACUGGAGUCCAGGGCUGUGCUGGGCAGUGUGUUACUGCGACCCUCUCAGUCCUUCAGAGGGCACUGAGGAGCACAUAAGUGACCUAAUUUGUUUUUCUUACCGUGUUUCCUGCUAUAUUUAGAGGGGGAACAGAGCAGAGGGUUUCUGCUCUCUAUAGACUGACACCAGGUUCGAGAGAGGAUGUUCCAUGUCUGUGUGUGCCUCCCUCCUGCAGUCCUCAGAAGAACAGGCAGCCAGGCCAGGAAAACCUGCCUUGUCCCAGCACCUGCUGCAUGGCCCUGCAAGCCUCCCUCAAGCAAAGCUGGAUUCAGUUAGGAAUUUGGAAUAUACAACCUCUGUCAGCCCCUGGCAAGACCUCUAGUUAAUGUUUCAGAUCACGUUGAAGUCUAAGGAUGGGCCUUUCUUUCCAGUUCACCCAAUAGGUUGCAGCAAAGUCAAUUUAUCAGACUUAAGAAAAGACAGUUCCCAUCUGUCACUAAGUGUGCCAUUUGACCAUUGAAUGUUCCCAAGGCUUUUUGGUAGGUGACAGAAUUUAAAUUCAACAAAGCCUUGUCUUGAAUUGUGUAGUCCUAGAGACUUCGGACCCAGGUGAAGAGAGACUAGCUCCAUCCUGAGCUGUCAAUGGAAGAGAUCAGUGUCUUGAUGAUUGACACCAUUGUUUGAUUUUUAAAGAAAAAUAUGCAUUUUAUUGUGUUGAAUUGUGUUUUCCUCACAAGAUGAAGCUUUCCUGUGGCAAUCUUUUGUGUAACACCUUUUCUCCCACGCUACUGUGCUUCCCAUCAGAAGUGCCCGUCUGGGGCCAGGAUUGGUCUGCGCACACACCCUUCAGUGCUCUUUCCAAGCCUUUGAAUUUCUCUGACCCAUUUAUUCAGGUGCAGGAGCCCCCUCCCAACACAUGCCUGCUCUGUGGUUCAGCUGAUGAACACUUUGCGCCAUCAUUUAUGUAGUAGGUGUCACAGCACAGCAGUGACCACAUGGCCCGGCCCUGACAGUACCACAAAUGAAUGAAUCUGAACUGUGCCCCUGGGUAUUCAGAAAAACAUACCCCUACCCCUAAUUGCCUGCCUAUGGCAACCUCAGGGUCAGAACUGUAGAUUUAAGAGAAAAUGCUAAAAGCUCACAUCUAUUAUCCUAGUACUUGGGGGGCUGAUGCAGGAGGGUUACCGUGAGUUUGAAGCCUGAACUACAUUGUUAGUUUCAUGACAGUCUGUUUCAAAACCAGGGAGAAUGUCACCAUCAUGCUCUCUAUCUUACUUUCUAAAGGACAGUAGUUUUAAGAGAAACAUGGUGUGCCUUUCCUUUGAAUGAGUGUGUUUUGAUUAACACAGAGGGCAAUGUUUGAUCCUGGGGCUGUAACUGCGUGCAGGCAUUUCUGUGGUGUGAGGACCCUUGUGCCCAAUGCGUGGUGGCCUGGGAGGGCAGCCUCCCCGCCCAGGUGUCUUGCUGUUUUUCCUCUGCACAGUUGCCAUAUAUCUACAUAAAUAUAAUCACAAAUGUA